AGAAAGUGACCCGUACUGUCUAAGAAUAAAACUAUGAAAGAACCGGCUAUGCCGGCUUCAGGAUAAGUGGCUUUCAAUAUUUGCUUAAGAUUAAGGGAAAGGUCAAUAUUCCUCUCUUCGCGGUCAAUUCCUUAAAAGGGAUGGACUCCAACCCCUCCCCUUAUAUUUUUGCCUAACAACCCCAGUCUUUUUGUUGUCGUUGUUCUUGUUUUCGUUGCUGUGGUGUCUUCCUUUUUGCAUAACAAAGUGUCAAAACAUAAACAUAAACGAUGAGGGGUCACCAGGAACUAUUUGGAGGCGAAGAGCUCUCUCUUGCUCACCCUUACCCUGUUGUGUUAGAGCUCACCCGAUUGCAGAACCAACUCAAAGAAAAGGACCGGCAGUUAGGAGCUGCUCAGGCUGAAAUAAAGGCUUUGAGAGCAAUUGAAGCGCUGAAAGAUAAGGCUAUAGAAGAGCUCCGGAGUGAAGUUCAAAAGUUGGAUGAGAAACAUUGUGUCACUGAGAAUCUCCUUCAACAUAAGAGCCUUGAAAUCAAGAAACUGAUAAAUGAGAAGAAAGAUGCACUGGCCGCACAAUUUGCUGCAGAAGCAAUUCUUAGAAGAGUGCAUGCAAAUCAAAAGGAUGAUGAUGAUCUUUCUAUUGAGUCUGUCAUUGCUCCUCUCGAGGCAGAGAUUAAAAUGUAUAAAAAUGAGAUUGCAGUACUCCAUGAGGAUAAGAGGGCUUUGGAACGUCUUAGCAAGUCAAAAGAGUCAGCUUUGCUUGAAGCAGAGAGAAUUUUGCGAAGUGCUUUAGAAAGAGCUUUAAUAGUUGAGGACGUUCAAAACCAGAACUUUGAGUUAAGGAGACAGGUUGAGAUUUGCCAGGAGGAGAACAAAAUUCUCGAGAAAACCAAUCGCCAAAAGGUCUUAGAGGUUGAAAAGCUAAGCCAAACCAUCCAGGAACUUGAAGAGACCAUUUUGGCUGGUGGAGCUGCUGCUAAUUCUAUCCGCGACUAUCAGCGACAAAUUUCUGAACUUCAUGAGGAAAAAAGGACGCUAGAGAGGGAGCUGGCAAGAGUUAAAGUUUCAGCAAACCGCUUAGCAACUGUGGUGGCUAGUGAGUGGAAGGAUGAGAACGACAAAGUAAUGCCUGUCAAGAAAUGGCUGGAGGACAGAAGGCUGCUGCAGGCAGAGAUGCAAAGAUUGAAGGACAAACUAGCCGUGUCAGAGAGAACAGCAAAGGCAGAAGCACAGCUUAAGGAUAAAUUCAAGCUAAGGCUCAAGAUCUUGGAGGAUGGCUUAAAACAUGUAUCAAGUUUCACGAUUAAUCCUAAUGCAUCUUGUGGGUCAUCAAAACCUGAAAAGUCCAGCAACAUCUUUGGGUUUUUAAUAAGCGGCGGCGGACUAAAGAAGAGGUCUACUUCCCAGCCAAGGGCUUCCACCAUCAUUAGAAGUUCUCUACUGCAGCGGCCAAGUGUAGAAACUGAAACAGCCAAUGCUAAUAACGGAAUAAAACAAGCUAGCAGCUUGGAAAAGAGGGCUGCAUCAGGAGAAAACAUGCUGAGAAAAAAUUUGUGGUCGUCUAGGUGUAAGGUUGCUGAUAGUAGUGAGAAGGAAAACGCAGAAAUGAAGGUAAACGCGGAAACUAAAAUAGGUAAAGAUGGUAACGCGAUAGAUUCAGCUAAAAUAAGAAACAAUGGAGGUAGCAAUGAACAGACAGAAAACAGAGGAAAUGCUGAUUGCAAUGCUGAGGAUAUGGUUUCAGGGUUUUUGUAUGAUAGGCUUCAGAAAGAGGUUAUUCACCUAAGGAUGUUUUGUGAGGCUAAAGAUAAUAGUUUGAAUGCUAAAGAUGAAGAAAUAAAGAUGCUUAUGAAGAAGGUUGAAGCAUUCUCAAGAGCCAUGGAAGUGGAAUCUAAACGAGUGAAGAGAGAAACAGUAGCCAAAGAAAAGGAAAAUAGAUCAGCCAAAAUGGAUGAUACCAAAAAGAUGAAAAACAUCAACUCGUCUAGAAGGUUAAGCCAAACAUGUUGAAGAUUCCCAUGGAUGGUGGAUUUUGAAGAAAAUUUGGGAUUCAUUUGAUUCGUUUUCCAUGUUUUCUGAUUUUCAAUGUAAAUAUUGAAUGUUUUUGCGGAUGGAAGUGGUAACUAGUUAAAAAUAAAGUUUCUGAUUGUUGAUAUUGGGUUCGUAAAAGAGAAGGGUUGGGCAGUUGGUUGGAGAUCUGACCUUGAAAUAUCCGAGGAUCAUAUCCAAUAGUGCUUUCUAAUGCUUGAGGUUUGCAUAAAUGAUUAUUCAAUAU